AUGGACUCGUAUGAUACGUACGGAUCUCCCGGUAGGAGCCGGGAUGGAGACGCGUACUCUAACAGGGCUCCCGUGGAUUCUUACCGACGCAGGUCUCCCGUAUCGCAGGAUCGUCGCCGGGGACGUGGUCGUUCUCGCUCGCCAGCCAUGAUCGAUCGUUAUGAACCUACGGAUCGACGAACCUCUCGAGAUGAUUACUAUACCGCCGCUCGCGAACAUACCAUGAGGGAGCGUGAAGAUCGUCGUCGUGCUCCUUCGCCCAACGUCGCAAACAUUGAUCGAUAUGUCCCUGGACAGGACUCGGGAAAGCGGCCGAUCCCGACGAACCCCCUGCCGAACCCACUCAGCCUUGACUUCCAGGUUGGAUUCAACUGGUUUGCCGAAUGGUGGCGCGCCGAACAAUCCAUCAAGGAGGAGAAAGAGCGCGCCAAACAUGGUGGACGCCGCCCGUCGGACCGCGUCAAGGGAGAGCGUGAGGCGCGCGAAGAUCGUGACCGUGAGCGGGCACAGAUCCAGGCCGCUUAUGACUCGUACAAGGUGGAUCUCCAAAUUAAGAUGGCAAGGACGUUUGUUCAACACCAUCGAAACGAGGAAUGGUUCAAGGAGCGUUAUGUUCCCGAAGUUCGGGACCCUCUGCGCCGCCGCGUGAUGGACUUCAGGGUGGGCGCCUAUCAGCAGUGGGAGAGCGAUAUCGACGGUGGAAUGUUUGACGACUUCACUCUUGAAGGGAUCUACAAAAGCGAGAGUGACGGUGCGGGCGGUGUUGUCGAGAAAGAGGAAGGUGAAACGACUGCUGUGGGAGAGACGUUAAGUGUCUUGGACUUGCUCCCAGCCCGAGGUGGUGAGCUUCGCGACGAGGCUUUGUCCCAACCCGCGCUACUCAUCAAGACCCUGGCGCCGAAUGUGAGCCGGGAGAAAAUCGAAGAGUUUUGCAAGGAACAUCUGGGGGAGCAAGAUGGUGGCUUCAAGUGGCUCAGUCUUAGCGACCCGAACCCUUCUAAGAAAUACCACCGUAUGGGUUGGAUCAUGCUGCACCCCGCAGCGGACAAUGCCGUCGUCGAGAGAGGGGACGGCAGAGAGGAAGAGGGCGAGGAAAUCGAGCAGGACGACUAUGCCAACGGUACGUCCGGAACUUCUGCCGCCGAGAAGGCUCUUGAGGCCGUCAACGACAAAACCAUCCAUGACCCAGUUCACGGAGAUUUUGUCUGCCACGUUGGGGUCCAUGUUCCUCCCGCACAGCCACGCAAGAAGGCGCUCUGGGAUCUUUUCUCCUCCCCCGAGCGUAUCGAACGUGACUUAGAACUGGCCAGACGACUCGUGUCGAAGCUGGACUCCGAAAUGGGCGGUGAUGUAGAUGGGUAUGUUAAGAUCGAGGAGCGGGUGGAAGAGUUGCGCGGAAAGGGCUGGCUGCAGCCGCCCGUCACUGGUCCCGUCAGUGUCAAGAAGAGAAAGUCCGACUUUGACACCGAUGACAUGGACGAAGGUGAAGCCGAGGAAGGUGAGGAGCAGGAAGGUUGGGAGGAUGAUGAGAUUGAUGACGAGGAGCUUUUGGCCAAGAAGAAGAAGCUGGACUUGCUUGUGGAAUACAUCCGCAGGGUCUACAACUUUUGCUUCUUUUGUGUGUUUGAAAGCGACUCGGUCCACGAGCUUGCGCGCAAAUGCCCCGGCGGUCACCUUCGUCGGCCGCGCGCUGGUCUCAGCUCGCAGUCGAAGGCUGUCGCUAGAGCCAGUGCCCUGGGACAGCCAUUCCCAGUCAAGAAAAAGGAGCCCAGCGAGGAGGGCGAGGAGCAACCGACACCCGCGGAGGAAAAGCGACCGCAACGCUUCACUUCCAAAUCAGAACAGCAGCUCCAGCGUGCGUUCAACUGGGUGAAAACCUUUGAGGACAAGCUCCUUCAGAUCCUUGAGCCUGAGAAUGUGGACAUCCGAAAGCUGGGCGGUAAACCGGUUGAUGACGCACUUGAGGAGGAAUUAUCAAAAUUCAUGAAACAGGAGGACGAGUCGAAGUAUCGUUGCAAGGUUCCCGAGUGCACCAAGUUGUUCAAGGCUGAGUAUUUCUGGCGUAAGCAUAUUGAGAAACGCCACACGGAGUGGUAUGAGACCAUCCGAAGCGACCUGUCUUUGGUGAAUGCAUAUGUUCUCGAUCCUGCUCGCAUCGCCCCCUCGCGGUCUGAUGCCAAUAGCAACGGUCACUUCCCUCUCAGCUCGGGCCAGAACCAGACCGGAACUCCUCGUGGCUUCAGUCUGUCAUCCUCGAUGCCUCCAUACAUGGGCCCGAACGGCAACGUCCCUGCUGGCUUCCCACCAAUGGCCGGUGCCGCAUCCUUGCCUGGAUUCAUUGGCGUGAACAAUCCGGCCGGAGCUUGGAGCGCCGGUGGUAUGGUCGGCGGUGAUCAUCCUGGGCUACACCAGCCUGGCGCUAUGCGUCGGGGUGGUCGCUUUAACAACCGCUCGGGGCCGUAUGAUCGACGCGGGGGUAACAAUCGAUAUGGCAACUCCGCCGGGAGUGGCCGAUUGAGUCCCGUUCGUGGCAUGUCGAACAUGUAUGGAUCGGGUGGUCGUCUCCCGGCUAACUCGGGGGUGCCAUACAUUCCUCCUGGACACCCGGCAGCGGCCGCGUUUGCUGGUGCCGGCGGCUUUCCCGAUGCCAUGGGCGCCGGUGCCGGUCCUCAGGGCAUGGGACCCCGGGAAGCCGUCCAAGGCCGCAGUCUCAAGAGCUAUGAGGAUCUUGAUGCGGUUGGUGGUGCCGGCAGUGGUGAACUAAACUACUAA